AUUUACUAUCUUAUUCCAAUAUACGCCGUGACAAAAAAUGUCAAAAUCGUAAUGGAAAGUGAUGUGUUUUUUAGCAAAGUCUGUUGGUUUUUGUUAGUGGUUACAUUAGUUCAACCAUAUUAUGCAGAUGCAUCUUGCAACAACAGUAGAUGUUUAUACGGGAGUGACUACUGCGGCCAGCACAGGGGGUGUCUGUAUGGCUGUCAGCCGGGAUACUCGGGGGAGAAAUGUGACAGGACUUGCUCCUCUGGGUGCAUUGAAUGUGAUUGGGAUGGUCAUCAUGAAACCUGCACAUUGUGUGAACCGGGAAAAUAUGGGUCAGGAUGUACACAAAGCUGUAGCAAGAACUGUAAAAUAAGUGAAACCAAAUGUGACCAGUUUGGCAGGUGUAGGUAUGGCUGUAAUGUGGGGUGGAGAGGUGAUAAGUGUGAAGAACAGGACUGUGACUUUGAAAACUGCCUGCGCUGUGGCGUAUCUUACAAUAACUAUAUCUACUGCUCAGUGUGUACGGAGGGAAGGUUUUGGAAUAUUAGCUCUCAUAGCUGUGUAAACUGCAGCAAUUUCUGCAUAGGGGGGAGUUUAGCAUGCAAUACUACAACAGGUGCCUGUAAUAAUGGCUGCCAUGUUGGCUACUUUGGCAAUAACUGUGACAAAAGAUGUAUCAUACGUCACUGCAAUGAAUGCAAAGAGAACAAUUAUAAUUUCGCUGUGUACUGUUCGUCCUGUGAGAGUGGAUAUUUUACACAAAGUAGUGUGUGUGAUCCGUGCCGAGGUCACUGUUUAAAUGGAGAAUCCUGUGAUGGUACCACAGGGAGGUGUACCAAUGAUUGUGCACCGGGAUGGUAUGGAGAACAGUGUAACCAUGAAUGUCAGAUUACGAACUGUAUGCAGUGUAUAGCAAAAGUUGAAACAAUGCCACCUACUUGUAAGCAAUGCGAUGCAGGGUUUUAUUGGAACGGGUCACAUUGUAGAGAAUGUAGUGUUCAUUGUAAGAAUGGUCAGCUGGCCUGCAAUGGAACCAAUGGCAGGUGUCUUCAUGGGUGUGAGUUUGGUUACUAUGGGAGUCGUUGUAACUGGGAGUGCAGCCCUUACUGUGCUGGAGGAGGGGGGUGUAAUGAAUCUGGACACUGUGUGCAUGGAUGUAAGCAGGGAUGGUACGGUCUGCAGUGUGACAGAAGGUGUCCCACGGAGUGCACACAAUGCCAAGUAUUUAUAGAAACUGGGAAGUGUUCAGAUUGUUUUUCUGGCUGGUAUGGAACUUUAUGUGAGAGGCCGUGUAGUCCAUACUGUAAAAGAAAUGUUUAUAGUAAUUACCUGCACUGCAAGAAAGACACGGGAACUUGUGUUGAUGGAUGUAUUGCGGGGUAUUUUGGUGGUGUGUGCAAUUUGACAUGUAGUGAGCAUUGUCCGCUGAGGGAAUGUUACAGAGAGAAUGGAAGGUGUCGGUUUCCCUGCAGUGAAUACAGAUUCGGACAUUAUUGUGAAAAAACUUGUCCAGAUAAUUGUAGAUAUCAAUCAGCCAAUAAAAAGGCCUGUAAUGAAAUUACCGGCAUGUGUGUCUAUGGCUGCAGGGAUGGUUUCUAUGGCGAUUACUGCAAUAAAACAUGUCCAUUAAGAUGUGAGAACGGUCAAUGUGAUAGAGUUUCUGGGGUGUGUACAAAUUGCUUGCCUACAUUUUAUGGAACAUCCUGCAACAACACUUGUCCAGUGAACUGUAAAAGUGGCAGAUGUAACAAUUUAGAUGGUUCCUGCACUGAGGGAUGUAUCAACAAGAUGUUUGGGAAAUACUGCACCUCGUCAUGCAGUCCGGAGUGUCUGGGCGACACAUGUUUCCACCAGAAUGGCUUCUGUGACAAGGGCUGUGUGAUGGGUAGAUAUGGAUUUGAAUGUCAGCAGAGAUGCAAUGCCAACUGUCUUGACUUUGUGUGUGACCAGAUGUCGGGGAGGUGUUCCAAAGGAUGUGGGGAAGGAUGGACAGGAGACAAGUGCAACGAAAAAUGUGUUGCUGGUCGGUUUGGUUCUAACUGUGAUCAGAAGUGUGGAAUGUGUAUGAGCAAUGCGGUCUGUGACUACCGUAGUGGGACAUGUCCCCAGGGCUGUGCUGAGGGGUGGGCUGGUGCGAAGUGUCAGCUAGCUCCCCAUAAUAUGGAAAGUCUGAAGGACAAGAAUGAAGACACCAUGGCCAUAGCAGGAAGUGUGACAGCAGCCCUGCUACUGACUGUUUUAACAAUCGUCGUAGUAACGAUCAUUGUCAAGCGGAAGCAUGUGGCACUAUGUGCUGCAUGUCCAAAACCUCAGAAAAGCAAUGAUUCCCUGGAAAGUGAAGAACAACCUCCAGAGGAAGGCAUUCCAUUACUGACUUUCUGCCCCUGUCAUGUUCAACGGGUACCAGCUCCUGAUGAAAAUACUUACGGAUUCCAGUUGGAAAAUGUCAGCACUGCUUUAAGGACUGCAGAGAGAGAAUUUUGUAAAGUUGAUGGUCAAAGAAACUUUGUUUUGGACCCGGAAUCUUUACAGCUCUACUCAGAAGCCACAUUCCAGGAAAUGCCUGUGGACAUUUCUCUACACACUGGGAAGUACAAGCACCGCAGUGUACUUAUUAAAUGUCUUAACAAAGAGAGAGAUAAAAAUCAGAUGAGAAAAUUUAAGAAUGAAAUCGACAUUCUAAAGUGUAUGGAAGAUGGACACAUCAAUAUUUUUACCUUAUAUGGACAUUGUGAAGAUGGAAAAUAUGAAUACAGUGUGUUUGAGAGUUGUGACCGAGGUGAUUUAAAACAGCAUUUGAAACAGCUCCAAUACAGUUCAGAUGAUGCUCCUGCAGUGACCUUUGAGCACCGAGCCCGUGAACUGAUGGCACAUGCACUAGAUGUUUUAUCAGGAGUCAUUUUUCUGAAGGGGGAAAAGAUACUUCACAGACUGAUUAUUCCAGUAAAUGUGUACCUGUUUUCCAAUGGUAGAGCUAAGAUUGCCAACUUUGAUUUUGCCAUGCAUUCCUCCUUAGAAUCUCCAUCAGAACAUAUCCCUAGGAAAUACUACCCUUGGCUGGCAGUAGAAUCAAGAAGAAGGAAUAGAUUUUCCAAUGAGAGUGAAAUAUGGACAGUUGGAGUUUUGCUUCUAGAAAUUGUCAGCCUCGGGUAUUGUUUUCCCAAGGAACAAAAUGAGUUUUACCUCAUGCCUCCCAAGUCAUGUGACAGGAAGCUAAAGAAUUUGAUGGAGUCUUGUUGGAGAUUAACAUCAGCAUCCCGACCAUCUUGUGAGGAAGUGUACGGCCGUCUGAAGACAAUCAUCCAAUCUUGGGCAGGUCAUCUGGAGGAUGAAUCUGUUGUCAUGACAACCAUGGUGUAAUCAUAGAAGUACUGUAUAAGCUGAUAAUCCGGAAAUAGGUCCAGUCAAUAAUUUAGUAUUGUAACCAUUUCUUUCCACAUACAGGUACCCAGCAUUCCUCAAAACAAAAUGUGUUUAGAUAUCUUCUUUUGAUAUCUUGUACUGCUGCAAAAGUAGCAUUGACUCACAGGUGCUUGACAUUACAGAAAAUCACAUACAGUAAAACAUGAUUAUAACGAACAAGCUUGUAAGGAAUUAUUGAUAAUAACAAAGUUAUUUCCCUUUACCAAAUAGAUAAAAAUAACAAUUCAUUAUGAAUAUAAUGAAUGGAGAGGGCUUAUACAGGCAAUGCCUACUGUUCAAUUCAAUUAUGUUUUCAACAUGAUAAGAUAUUGUUUAAAUUAAAUUAUAUAACAGAUUACACAUUAUGAAUUGAAAUAGGACAUCCCUGAUGAUUUGCUAUAACUUUAUUUUAUUGUAUAUUGAAAAUUGUUUGCCUGUUCUAGAUUGUUUGUAUUCAAUACAUGUCAAUUUUUUGUACCUGUGUAUUAACUUGCUUAACAUUUACAAAACAGUCCCAAGCCUCAGCAAUGUUGUAAAAAGUUACUUAAAUUAACUAUAAAAAUCUUGCUGUGGUGUAAAGGAUAUCAUUUUCAAAUUAAGGGAGACAAAAUCUGUCAUAGUAAAUGAUGGACUUCUUUUAGAGUUUGUGUAACACCUGUAAUGUUUUUAAUUGAAAAUUCAGGUGUGCAGCACCGACAGUGCAAAUAUUUUUCCACUUUCAAAACAAUGUAUUUUAUAAGGUGGUCUUGUUCAUCAUCAACUUUCUUAAUGCAUUCUUUAUUUUAAAAAAAAAAUGUUUUAAUACUGGCAUUAACACAAUACUGACUUUGUAAUGGAUACCCAGACUGAAACAGAAAGUAAUAAUUUAAUGGUCAAAUAAACAAAAAUAUCAUGGUUUCAAAUUAGACUUUGACAAAAUAUUUGUAUUAACUGUAUUUUAUUGGUAAAAAAGGGAAAUGUUGUUUUUGUUUGAAAUUGGCAUCGACCUACUCCCAAUAGCAUUCAAUGAAAGUUUCAUUAGCAUUUACUGGGAAUGAUUCAGAUUUGAGACAACUAAAGUAGCGUUAAAAUAGAAUAUAAUAAAUGUUGCCAGCAUUCUAGUUAGCAAGCAUACACAAUCAGCAAGCAAAGCAUUUAAACUAGCAUUAAUGCUGUAUGCUCAAUCAGAUUUGUAUGAAAUUUGGGGGAUUGUUAUUUUGUAUGAAGAUGAGAGUUCCCAUGGUUUUCAAGGUUUAAUGUAAAAGCAAGGGUCACUGGAUGGAAAAAUUACAAUAUUCAGUGUGUACAAGGUUAUCAAUCUUUCAAAAAUGGUACUUUGCUUAAAGAUGUUAUUCCUAUUGAAUUUUUAAAAGGUCAAUGCCACAGCAGAGAAGUUCUGAAACACAAUGUGUACAGGAUAUAGCUGCUUUUUAUGAUACUCAAUAAAAUGGUACUUUUCUUGAAGAUCUGUGUUCCUAUUGGUCAAUGAAAAGGUCAAAGUCACCGAAAGGACAUGACAACAUUCCGUGUUUGCAGGAUUUCUGCUUCAAUACCAACACAUUUUGGUUUCAAGGUUAAAUGUAAAUGGUCAAGGGCACUCAAAGGAAAAUAAAAUUCUGAAACUUUUACAUGGUUUUACCCAAUUUUAAUUACGAACACAUGUAGAGAUACUGGAAGAUCUCGGUUCCUAUUAGGACUUUUGGAAAUAUAUUGUUACUUGUCAUAGUUGUUCAUGUAUGUAAAUGAGAGUUACUAAUUGCGAAUAAGUAUUCAAGUUAUAAUACUGUUGAGCAAGUGACAUUGUGAAUGAUAUAUUUUUGUGUUGUUUCAUAUACAAACAAGUAUUCAGUCAACCAACAUUUUGUCCUGUGCCAGAGAUGUUUCAAAAGAAAAGCAAGCAUUUACAGCUAGUAUUCAUUGAGUGAUUUAUCAACCUGUAUACAGCUUGAAUUGGACUUUUUAAAAUUUGUUGUUGUAUAGAAAAUGUAAUGUUCAGAUACUGCAUAAACCAUGGCAGUUCUAAGCUGGUAUUUUAUAUUUGCCACUAACAUUCCAUAAGGAAAUGUAUUUUCAAACUUCAGUGUAUUUUGCUCACAUCAUCAGUUGCCUCACAUGAACUUUUCUGAUAAGGAUUCGUCUGUCUGUAAGCCAUUAUCAUGCCCUCUAUCUGAUGCAAGGUUACCAUAUUUUUAACAAUCGCAUUCUUUACAACUGUUGCAUACCAAUUUACCAAUCUGCCAUGUGUAUUGUUUGUAAACUAUUAACGUUUUCAACAUGUAUUCAAGGUCAAUUACAUGCCAAGUUAUCUAACUCCCAUAGUUUUUACUUGCUGAGACAAAAUCAACUUUUUACAAGUGCCUUAUAUAGCACAAAUGUUCCUCAAGUAAUGCCGUCAAUUUGGAGUGAUCAGAACUUCAAAAAAAGCUAUGUUUAGUUUUGAUAGACCACUGUAUUUGACCCUCUCCAGGUAAGCUUCGCGUCCAGUCACUGAAGUGUCACAAUGCAGUUCUAGUGGUGUUUAGGACCACUGUUUGUGGAGUGUCUCUUGAGUAUGACUAUCUGCUAUGUAACCUAUUUUAUAUUAUUCUUUUAGUGAGAAUCUUAUUUUAACCCCCAAUUAUGUGGUAUAAUUAUGAGAAGAAGCUGAGGAAUCAAUGCUGUAGUCAAGUGAGCUAUGUGGCCCAUACCCCUCUCCUUAUGCUUACUUGGGAGAUUUACAUACUUUUUACAUAUCAGUUACAUUAUGUAUUUUUGUGAUAUUUUUGUUACUUUUGUUGUAAGUUUUAUAUUCCGUAUUUACUUUAUUUACAGGAUUAUAUUUGGAAUGCAUGAUGUGAAUGCAUUUGUUUGUGAAAAAAUGUCAGUGUGUGAUUUGUUUGGUAUGUUUUAACUGAUGGUUAUGAUAGUAAAGAAUAAAUUACCCAGGACACA